CCCCACAGCCACCCAAAUGUCCUCCGAGUGCUAUAUAAGAGGGGGCCCAAGGAGACAGUUCUUAGGGUGAUGGCUGUUUGAAAAAAGGGUGUAAGGCAGAAGUCAGGACGUGCUGCUGAGGUCCCUACGCCCCUCCGCUACAAUGGUGGGUCUGAAGCCCCCUGAGGUGCCCCCAACAACUGCUGUGAAGUUUGUCAGUGCUGGGAUGGCCGCCUGCAUCGCUGACCUCUGCACCUUCCCGCUGGACACCGCCAAAGUGCGGCUGCAGAUCCAGGGUGAGGUGCGGAUCCCCCGGAGCGUGAACACAACAGAGUACCGAGGUGUUCUGGGGACACUGAGCACUAUGGUGAAGAUGGAGGGACCCCGCAGCCUCUACAGUGGGCUGGUGGCUGGGCUGCAGCGGCAGAUGAGCUUUGCCUCCAUUCGCAUCGGGCUGUAUGACUCGGUGAAGCAGCUCUACACCCCCAAGGGAGCUGAGAGCACAGGGCUGGCGGCACGGGUGCUGGCAGGCUGCACCACAGGAGCAGUGGCAGUGACGUGUGCCCAACCUACCGACGUGGUCAAGGUCCGGUUCCAGGCCAAUGGGGCACUGCCGGAUAGCAUCCGCCAGUACAGUGGCACUGUGGAUGCCUAUCGCACCAUCGCCAAGGAGGAGGGCAUCCGUGGGCUCUGGAGAGGGACACUGCCCAACAUCGCCCGCAAUGCUAUCAUAAACUGCGGGGAGCUCGUCACCUAUGACCUCAUUAAGGAUGCGCUGCUGCGGACACAGCUGAUGACAGACAAUGUUCCCUGCCACUUCAUGGCCGCCUUCGGGGCUGGUUUCUGCGCCACUGUGGUGGCGUCACCAGUGGACGUGGUGAAGACGCGCUACAUGAACGCCAGCCCUGGGCAGUACCGGAACGUGCUCAGCUGCCUCCUCGCCCUGCUCAUGCAGGACGGCCUGGCUGGCCUCUACAAGGGGUUUGUCCCCUCCUUCCUGCGUCUGGGCUCCUGGAACGUGGUGAUGUUCAUCUCCUACGAGCAGCUGCAGCGUGCCCUGACGCAGGCCCGAUCCUGACCCCCCUGACCCCCUCUCACCAGUGUUGGCGAGACACAAGAGUAAAUUAUAUUAAUUGUUGAAGUGGCAAAGGAGCAGCAACACCACACAUCCCCAGUCUGACAGGACCUCCAGAGAGGGACCAGCAAGACGGAAGGAGAAACAAUGUUGUUUGCAAAGGAAUGUGGGAAAAAGUAUGUUUCCAGGGAGAAGUUUAGGGAAGAAUAAAAAAUGGUUAUAGGCUUUCCAGCUGGGAGGAGUACCACUUCCCAGCAGCAGCAAGAACAAGACAAGUGGUGUGAACAAGUGAGACAGAGUCAAGGACCAGGGGAGGCGGUGAUGCCUGUUACU